AUGGACUACCAAGUCACCGCCGGUAAGAAUAUGCUUCUGCUCGUUGAAGCUGGCACCAACACCCACGCCGUUGAAAACAUUGAAUGGAUUGAUAUGAACAAUGCCAUUGGCGGCGAAUACGACUGGGGUUUCUCUUCUAUCCCACAAACCCAUCUCGACAACCGGGAGAUUGUAUCGCCUGUCGGCAAAGGACUUGGGGGUGGCACAAUUAUCAAUGGAGGUGCCUGGGCCCGUGUUCACAAGGUCGACUAUGACAUCUGGGUAGAGAGGGUAGGCGACCAGAGAUGGAGCUAUGAAGGUCAGCUUCCGUAUAUGAAGAAGGCUGAGGCGCUUUUCGAUAACUUCACCAACCCUCUUUCGCACGGACACACUGGCCCUGUCAAAGUUCAGUCGCCUGGAUCUACGGGUCGUGUUUUCCCCCUACGUGAGCCUCUACUUGAGUCCUGGAAAGAGCUCGGCAUCGACGCACUCCCUCAACGGGACAACAAUGCCGGGAACAACCUUGGUGUUGCAGAUCUUCAGGAGAACAGGGAUCAGGGCGAACGUCAACUGGCCUCGCUCGUGUAUUCUCUCGGGGGGAUCACGAUCCUGACUGAUAGCUUGGUCGCCAAAGUCCUGGUUGAGAAGUACCCGGAAGAUGGCCGCCGCGUCGCUCGUGGGGUCAGGCUUGAGAAUGGAACUGAUGUGUUGGGACGAGAUACCAUUCUGUCCGCAGGGGCGUACCGCACGCCGCAGAUUCUGAUGCUUUCAUGUAUCGGUCCCGCCGAGACCUUGGAGAAGUUCGAUGUUCCCAUCCUUCUAGAUCAACCAGCGAUCGGCCAGAACUUCCAUGAUCAUGUUCUGAUGCCGACGAUUUGGCAGCUGAAGGACGCAUCUGCAGGGUACGCCAAGGAGUCCGGCAACCCUAUUUUUAAUCAGUCUCAAUACGUGCUAGGGGCUUUCAUCGAUUUCAUGACAGUCACUUCUCUCGAGAAAGAAGGUGUGGCUGCUGCUAUAACCGAAGACGAGGGAUCGGCCUCAGAUCCUUCUGUGCACCCCUUGCUGAAGCAAGAUUGCGCCCAUUCGUCUCACUUACUCCAGUACUCGAGGGUGUCGGCGGACGGCUCAGCCGUGUUGAUGAUUUCAGUCGCUUUCAUCAACUCUGCCCGAGGUUCUGUCACCAUUCAAUCCUCCGACAUCAAAGAUGCACCACUCAUCGAUCCCAACUUUCUGGGUCCCAACGUCGAUCGCUACGCCGCUCGAGAGACCGUCAGGCGUAACAUCAGGUUGCUGACGUCUAACGACACUAUUCUGGGAAGAGAGGUGGUGGCCGGCGAGUUGGCGGCAGAGCCGUUGACGGUGAACUCUACAGACGAACAAAUCGACGCUCGGGUGCGUGAGAUGGGAGGAGGAUGCUACCAUCCUGCAGGCACAGCCUCUAUGGGUACCGUUGUGGAUACAGACUUGCGCGUGAUUGGGGUGUCGGGUCUUUGCGUUAUCGAUACAUCUGUGUUUCCUGUGUCGGUUUCGGCCAACCUGCAAGUGGCUGUCUACGCUUUGGCUGAGCAAGCCGCAGAGAUCAUUGGUUCAACUAUGAAAAAGUGCUGA